CCUCAGCUGUGGCCCAACACUAUCAACCAGGCCAACAAGGUGGCCCUGCUUGCCUGGGCCAAGGCGACUGGCAUCACCCUGGUGCAGAUCAACGGGCAGCGGCGCUACGGAGGGCCCCCGCCGGGCUGGGUGGGCAGCCCCCCGCGCGCCGGCUCCGAGGUGUUCAUCGGGAGGCUGCCGCAGGACAUGUACGAGCACGAGCUGAUCCCCCUCUUCCAGAGCGUGGGCAAGCUCUACGAGUUCCGCCUGAUGAUGACCUUCAGCGGCCUCAACCGCGGCUUCGCCUACGCCAGGUACAGCUCCCGGCGCGGCGCCAGCCAGGCCAUCGCCACCCUGCACAACCGCGAGGUGCGCCGGGGCUGCGCCAUCCUGGUGUGCCGCAGCACCGAGAAGUGCGAGCUCAGCCUGGACGGGCUGGGCCCCGCGCUGGGGCGCCCCCAGCUGGAGGCUGCGCUGCGCAGGCUCACCCAGGGGCUCCUGAGCGUCGCCCUCUACCCCAGCCCCUUCCGGGAGCGGUGCCAGCUGGCGCUGCUCAGGUACAGCUCGCACCACGCCGCUGCCAUGGCCAAGAAAACCCUCGUGGAAGGGAACCCGAGGCUGGUGGGCAUGGAGAUGAACGUGGACUGGCUGAAGAGUGACCUGAAGCAGAGGCUGCAGUCGUGUGAGGAGAGCGCAGCGCCCGGGCAGGAGCAGGAGGCUGAGUGCCCGGCGGUGCCCUUGGCUGCAGUGCCCUUGGCGCCGGUGCCCCGUGAUGCCCUGGCCCGGCUCAACACCUUGUGCCAGAGGUGGCGCCUGGGCACCCCUCUGUUCCUCACCAAGUGUGUCCAGGUGGCCCCCAGCGGGUGGCUGCGGUUCUGGUGCCAAGUGGCCAUCCCAGGGUGCCCCUUGGCCUUCAGUGGCUUCGUGUGGGUGUGGCAGGACAGGCCUGGCAGCAGCGGGCACAAGCAGGCCAAAGUGGCCGUGGCACUGCACCUUCUCCAGAGACUGGGUGAGUCCUCCCUCAGGGCUCCCCCCCCCGAGCCCUGGGCCACCCCAAGGCUGCCCGCUGCGCCCCACAAGCGCUGCCGGCCUCCUGCCAGGCGCCCCGGCGGCUGUCGUGUCCCUUUAAGAACCCGCCUACGCCCAGGAGUGGCACCGCCGGCAGCCAAUCAGGCUCCGGGGCUGGUGCCAGCACCGCCCAAUCGAGUCGAAUCCUACCCCGGAAGCGCGCUCUGA